AUGGUCACACUUGAAGAGUUCCUCGACCGGAGAAAUCCAGAUAUCGACAGCAGCAAUAUUUUAUCAGGUCCAAACACCGUCAGCAUCCACUACUCUAAUCUUGGCGGAGUAGAAGAAUGGGGAGAGUUUAAUUAUACCACACUCAGGAAUCUUUAUGGCGAGAUACUGGAUCGAACCCUCCUCAACCCUCCGGACAAUCAAAUUCCAACCGAACUCGAAGCCGAGAUUUGGGACGAGCGUCAAUUUGAGUUACUCUUCUCGCAAUAUAUGCUGACUUCGGUGCGGUAUGCACUCCGGCAAGCUUACGAUUAUUGUGACAAGUCGUGGGAAUGCAAUCCUCCAGGAGAAUUCUUCGCUCCGAUCGACCCCGGGGCCGGGGGCCGUGCUAAACGCCCCAAAGACAGCGACAAUCCACGCUUUAGACCGGACUGGUCUUUCGUGAGAAGAGGCUAUAUGACUUCUACCACCCCGAAAUCCUAUAUCAACCUCUGUCCCGGAGACACAAAACUUGGGGUGAAGUGGAAACACGAGUGGCACCGAACAGACUUUAAAACAUGGAAGGUUCCGGCCGAGCAAAUCCAAACUUAUUCAGACGAUCAUUGGAAUGUUCGUUAUGUCGGCUCUGGCCUAUCAACGACAAGGAGCCUACGUACCGCUGCUUCAACUCUAGGUCAUGCACGCGUCGCUUCUGAUGAAACUGACCUCAGUUCUCUCAUGACUCCAUUGUCGAUCACAACACACAGUUACCGAGAUGAUCCGCCAAAUGUAGAAUAUCAACCGAUCAAAGCAAAAUUCAUUCCGUGGACCAUAGUCAGCAAGGGCCUGAACGUCAAGAAAGCCCUUUUCAUGCUCUUCAUGCUUGCUGGCGCGCCAGGGGGCCCGAAGCUGGUGCAGACCGAUUAUCCACCUCUGGAUUCUUGGUGGCCGGAAGGAAGCGUAUUCCGUCACAACUCAACCGGCAAAGUCAGUAAUUACCUCCAACCGACAACUCUUCUGAGUCAUCCUUCCGGAGAAGUUGCCGAUCCGACUACACCAGUAGAAGAACCUAGAAGGCGUGGGGCACACGAAGAACGGGCGUCUGAGGUUGCGUCCGGGUCUGGGAAUGAGCAGGGCCGUGGCAAACGGAGGAGAGUCGACGUCAAAUAG